AUGAGUGAUUCACUGUGUCUGCUGACUCCAGAGCUCCCAUCUUGGAACAAAAUGUAUCCACUUGAGAUUAAUAAAUAUUUCCUGGAGGUCCUGAAGUGUUGCCAUAUCCUGCUCUGUUUUAAUUCUGCUAUAGAGUACAAGUGGCCUUCACUUUCAAAAGGGAAUUUGAAUAUGAGUAACUGUUGUCUAGAUCUUCACAGAAUGUAUUUUAAAAACCACCAAGAAAUAAACAUCAGUGAAUGUCUAAUAGAGAUAAGUUGUAUAAUUAGCAAAACUUUGUUCGUACCUUAUGGCAGUGACCAAUCAGUGAGUAAUGUGGGUACUAUAUGUGGUAUGUCACUUAUUGUGUGUAUUUUUCCACUGUGA